GUAUCACGUGAUACACCGGAUAUGGGACAGAAAUGAGGCGUUCAUAAGGAAGGCCCUGAUUGGUUGGGUAUAUUGUGUCCAAUAGAAAGCUUUGUUUUAUUCAAACGUUGCAUAAGUCAAAGGAACGUGUGGACUCACAAUCAACAUCAACAAUCUUCGUAUCGUCCAGCAAGCGAAAAAUACAAUUAUUUCAUUGAUUAAUUCGUCCAUGUGAAUGAAAACUAGACAUAAUGCCUGUUGAUAAUAGUUUUACCAUCCUGUAUGCUUCGCAAACAGGACAGGCAAAAGCUAUAGCCGACGAAAUCCACGAGAAAUCGGCUUCGAAUGGUCUCAACUCCAAACUUUUCUGUUUAAGCUUGACCGAAAAGAAGUUCAUGCUUGAGAAAGAAUCAGCCGUUGUCUUUGUAGUGUCCACAACAGGUGAGGGUGAUCCACCAGAUACUAUGCUCAAGUUUUUCAGGCGACUGAAGAAAAAAACUUUGCCAGGAAAUCAUCUAAAAGACCUCCAGUACGGCCUUCUAGCUUUAGGAGAUUCCAAUUACACGAAUUUUUGUGUAAAUGGAAAGAACCUGGACAGAAGAUUAAACGAGCUUGGAGCUAAAAAGUUCUAUGACACUGGCCAUGCCGAUGACGCUGUUGGCUUGGAGUUAGUUGUAGAGCCUUGGAUAGAUGGGUUAUGGGGGCCGCUGAAAGACAUCCUAGGAGUGCCACAUGACAAUCAGAUGUCAGAUAGAGAAAAUAUUGACAGUAACAAGUCAGUUGUAGAGAAUGACUCAGUGGCUAAUGGUAUUGUUCCAAAGUCUGAAAACCUACCUCAAGGGUCUUCCAAUGAACAUUUCCCUGAACAAUUUGAAAAUCAUAAUGAGAAAACCAGCCAGUUUCUAAGUGAGAGUGAAAAAGAAAACAGUUUGAACAUAGAGCUGACUGUAGAGGGGAAACCAACUUUACGAAAAUCAGGUGCUUCAUUGUCAUCAAGUUCCCUUUCCAUUCCAGUUCUUCCAUCUCCCUACCUGGAGAUAAAAUUCCACCCUGAGAAAACACCAGAUUUUUCUACAGUCCCACACCAAGCCGGGGCUAGCUUUCCUGGGGCAGCCUCGCCCAUCACCAUGGCAACCAUUGUGGGUGCUCGUCGACUGACAGCUGAUGAUGCCAUGAAGAAAGCACUUGAGAUUACUCUAGACAUUAGUCAGUCUGGCUGGGAGUAUGAGGCAGGGAAUUCCUUUAAUAUAUAUUGCCCUAAUGACGAGGGCGAGGUGGAUGCUAUUAUUGAAAGACUUGGAUUGACAUCCAUGGCUCAGGUACCUUACGACAUCCAAGUUAUGUCUGGUACCAAGAAGAAAACUGCUUCUAUACCAAACUAUAUCCCCCAGCCAUAUACUAUAAAAGAGAGCUUGUUGACAUGUCUGGACAUUAGAAUGGUUCCUAGGAAAGCAUUCCUGAGGACUCUAGUGGAGUUUACUCAUGACAACAAUGAACAGCGCAGACUGCAGGAAUUGUGCAGUAAACAAGGGGCAGAUGAGUAUUGCAGGUUUGUAAGAGAGCCAAGCCUCUCUCUGCUGGAGCUACUAACAGCAUUUCCUUCUUGUUUUCCACCUUUCGAAAGACUUCUAGAGCACCUGCCAAGACUCAGUCCCAGGCCCUAUUCUAUUUCAAGCUCUCCAUUGGAAAAGCCUGGACAGUUGAACUUUGUCUUUAAUGUUGUUGAGUUUGGUGAAUUUGAGGACAUUAGGAAGAGCAGGAAGGGUGUAUGCACGAGCUGGCUGGAAGGUCUUACAGGUUCCAUGAUAACGGAAGAAGGAAACAAGGCAAAUGGUAUCUUGAAGAUUUCAGAGCUAAGUAUCCUCUCCUCCCCUUAUGUCCAAGUACCUGUCAGUGCAAGAAGCAAUUCAGAUUUCAAGCUUCCACCAGAUAGUAGAAUCCCAGUUAUAAUGAUAGGCCCUGGUACUGGGGUAGCUCCAUUCAUUGGCUUCCUACAUCACAGAAGGAAGCAAAUGGAACUAGCAGAAGACCUUACUGGUUUUGGCGAGAUGUGGCUAUUCUUUGGGUGCAGACACAGGGAAAAGGACUUCUUAUACCAAAAGGAACUAGAGUCAUUUGUUGAGACUGGUACUCUAUCACGACUGUUUACUUCUUUUUCACGUGAUCAGGGCUUUACAGUAAGCUUGUCUACCCCACGCUAUGUCCAAGAUAACCUCAAGUUGCAAGGCGACAAAAUUGCUGAUCUUGUUCUCAAUGAUGGUGCAGUUGUGUAUGUUUGCGGUGAUGCUAAAAACAUGGCAUCGAAUGUGUUUGAGUGUUUCUGUGAAAUCAUUGAGAAGCAUUUGUGUGUGGGAAAAAUGGAGGCUAUAAAGGAAAUGACAAGGCUACGCAAAGAAAAGAAGUAUCGGGAAGAUGUAUGGACCUGAAGUGUGUCACAUGAUUAGUUUGUCUUUGAGAUAGAAAAGUGGGCACAGAGCUACUGUAGUGUAACCUUGCAGCUUAUUCUAUGGAUGACUCUUACCUUUAUUUUUAAAGUCAAGGUCUGUUCUAGGACUAUUGUUGUUGUGCUGAAAAGACUUUUUGAGGACUGUGUUCAAGAGGUAGUUUGUUCUUUGUGAGUUUUGAUUACAACUUCUUUAACAUGGGACUUGAAUAAGAAAAGGAAAAUAAAGCAAAACCCAAGGGGUGGACUGGUA